GAUGGUUGGAGAGUGUGCUUCGUGUACUGUGGAAUAGGUGUAGAGCCCGAGAUGGAGAUAGUGGUGGUGCUGGUGCUACUGCUAGGAACACUACUAGACGGUCAGAGAGCGCCUUGCUACGAGUGUGAGGACUACAAGGAUGACCAUCCAUUGUCAAGUCCUUACAAUGAGAUCAGGUCGCACUGCUCGUACCCGUGUGUCUGCCCCCCGGGUCUGCCUCGGUGUGACCCAGGAGUCCCGGUCGUGAGGGAUGGUUGUGGCUGCUGCCCCAUGUGUGCUCGACAGGUCGGUCAGCCAUGCGACGGUACUGCGCUCUGUGACGAGUCCAGGGGGUUGGUGUGUCAGUACGCCAACAGCAAGACUACUGUAGGAAUCUGUAAAGCCAUAAAAGGGAAGCCUUGCACGAUCUACAACCAAACGUACGACAACGGGGAAACCUUCAUGCUAGAUUGUCGUACCCAAUGUGCCUGCAAAAACGGGACGUACGCGUGCGCCAGCCUAUGCCCCCAGGAAAACAUAUCCCCUAGAGGCAGCUGUAGACAUCCUCGUCUGGUGGAGGUGCCAGGACAAUGCUGCAGGGAGUGGAUGUGUGACGGAGAGUCUGUCCAGAGCCCUCCACAGUGUUUGGCUGAGUUCUCUCCCUGGACGCCGUGCUCCUCAUCGUGCGGCCUCGGUUUGUCUCACCGAGUCUCCAACCUCAAUCCGGACUGUAAAACUCGCAAUGAGACUCGUCUCUGUCAGCUGCGACCUUGUGACUCUCUCAAGGUCAAACCUCUCAACCUGAGUCAUCAUCAUGUCAGGAAGGGCCACGAGUGCAAGGCGACCCACCGCAUGUCCCGGGUGCACCUAGUGUUCGGCCAGUGUCGCAGCAGGAAGCGCUACCGACCCAGGGCCUGCGGAGAGUGCGGAGGCUGCUGCGCUCCGGAGCUCAGCUCCACGGUCCGGGUGGAGUUCGUGUGUGGAGUUACAAGUGGUCUGGAGGAUGUGGAGUUGGGGAGUGACUUGUGGAGGAGCGAAGCACCCGUCCAUGGCCACAGACACGUGCUGUCUGUAGACGUAGAAUGGGUGCUGAAGUGUCAGUGCAACCCUGUAUGUUUGGCCAAGGGAGUGACGAGGCCUCCGUUGUUGCAUAGAGUACACAGGACAGCUCCGCCAUAGAGUAAUAACGGUGCCUCACGUAUUAGAGUUUCUUAGAGAAGAUUUGUGGUAGGUGGACUCUACAACCAACUAUGCUAGAGAAGGUGAAUCACUUGGUUUGUUGCAUAGAGUAUACAGUACAGCUUUACCAUAGAGUAGAGAAACUGGUGGACAAGCUGGUGACUAGUUGGUAGGAUUUUGACUGUUAGAGGAACUUCAGAUUUGAACGGACUAUACAAAUCAACACUCUUCUUUAUACUCUAGAUGUUGACUCAUCAUUUUUGCAUAGACUACAGCGUCUGGUGCCUCAGAAUAGGGUUUUGACUAGUUUCCUAAAAGAGUUGGCGAAACAAUGUUAGACAAAACAUCCUUAUCAAUACAGUUUGUCCAUAAACUAUGUCUUUGAGAAUCAUUCUGUUAAUCAACACGUAUAAACAUUUCGUAAAACUACUGUGGGAUUCAUUCACAUUUACAAAACUAAUUUUAAAAUAAUUUUAAUGGGUUGGAUUUCAUUACUAAAGUAAAUGACUAGCUGAAAACCACAAACUAUUAGUGUUUUGUGAAAACGUUGUAUACGAUUAUUUUUUUAUUGUGUUGUUGCUUUUACAAUCUACAACUGGUGUCACAGGAAUAAUAGUGCUGGGGGGUUCAAUAAAAGUACUUGUAUUUAACGUCCAAACAAAUGUUAUACCGAUGAUAGUGGCUAAAAGAAUUAGUCAAUCGUGUUAAUUUUCAUAUUCGAUUCUAUACUUGUUGACUACACUUUAAAAAAUAAUUUUAAUUAUAAUUUACUUUUGUUUUUGAUUCUUUUGGGGCUGUAAAUUUCACCCCAUCACUUAUAUUAAUGAGAAUAUAGUUUCGAUGUCUGUUAAGGAAUUAACCUAACAAUAGAGAGAUAAUUGAUUUAUGAAGGCUCAUUUCUAUAAAUAAUUUACAGAGAUAAAGACAUUUUUACAUUAUAAAAUAUACUAGUCUUGCUUACAGGUUUGUAGAAAAAAGUAGAUCCUGUAUUGCACACAGUGCCAUCUAAAUAGUACUUAGUUAACAUAUUAAUCUUUCCAUUAACCUAAAAACACCUAGGAGCAUUUGAAACUACUCAUAUCACUAAAAAUUGUAAGUGUACCUUACUUUUGUAUGAUUUACAAUUAAUUAAUAGACAUAGAAAAUAUUAUAUAGAUUAAAUGAUUAAUUUUUACAAUAAAU